CCUGGCCUAUUGCUAAGCUGGGAAUUACAUAGGAAAGGAGCAGUUUCUCUUCCUUUAUAAGGGCUUUGCUCAGUUUAAUUCAUUUUGCAGGGCAGGUGGGGAAUGGUUUUUCUCCCAAAGAGAUUGUGCAGGUGUAACAUUCAAGUCUGCUAACCUAAUGAUUCUGUUGGACAGACAGACAUUUAGUCUGAAACUGAAUUUAAAAUUCUUCUGUCCCAUGGGCAUGCAUGUUCCAGGAUGUAGGUGUAACCUCCUGCUUUGAUCUCCAGUCUUUCUAACGGCAUUUUCUUUUUUGGAAUCGGUCACAGUUGUGAUCCCAGAGGACUCUGCCAGGAAGACGUGUGUCUGGUAAUCCUUUGGUUGAACUCCUAAAAAUCACCGACCCUGUCGGAAAGUCUGGGUCGCUGGAAGGAGUGUCGUUUUGUAAGUCACUGGCUUCAGCAGUGAAACUGCAUUAAGGUUCCUUAGAAAGAGAGCUUGGACGGCAUGCAAAGUUGUGAAAUAUCUGCAGACAGCACGGAUGAUCCUCUUAGUAGUGGCCUACGGAGAAAACGACAGCCUCGAAUAGUAGUUAUCGGUGCUGGGCUUGCAGGGCUGUCAGCAGCGAAAGCGCUCUUGGAAAGCGGUUUCACGGAUGUAACUAUCCUUGAGGCGACUGACCGAAUUGGAGGCCGCGUGCAAAGUGUGAAACUUGGGCACGCCACUUUUGAACUGGGAGCUACGUGGAUUCAUGGUUCACAUGGAAACCCAGUCUAUCAUCUAGCAGAAGACAAUGGCUUACUCGAAGAAACUACUGAUAGCGAGAGAAGUGUUGGACGGAUCAGUCUUUACUCCAAGAAUGGGGUGGCUUAUCAUCUUACCAACAACGGGCAAAGGAUCCCGAAAGAUGUGGUUGAAGAAUUCAGUGAUUUAUAUAACGAGGUCUAUAACCUGACUCAGGAGUUCUUCCAACGAGGUAAACCAGUCAAUGCUGAGAGCCAGAAUAGUGUGGGCGUCUUUACACGGGACGUAGUGCGCAAACGUGUCAAGGCCGAUCCGGAUGACACAGAGGCCGUCAAGAGGCUGAAACUAGCCAUGAUCCAGCAGUACCUUAAGGUAGAGAGUUGCGAGAGCAGCUCCCACAGCAUGGAUGAAGUCUCGCUCAGUGAAUUUGGGGAAUGGACCGAAAUCCCUGGGGCUCAUCACAUCAUUCCUUGCGGUUUCAUUAAAAUCGUGGAGAUUUUGGCCCGCUCCAUUCCUGAGUCUGUCAUUCAGCUCCACAAGCCAGUCAAGUGCAUCCACUGGAACCAGUCGGUCAGCAAGGAGAUUGAGAGGGUGGCUGACCACAACAGUGACCUCCCUGAGGAGGACAAGGGCUCCGAUGUCUUCGUAGAGUGCGAGGACUGCGAGUUCAUCCCAGCUGACCAUGUCAUUGUGACGGUGUCCCUGGGAGUUUUGAAGAAACGCCAUGAGACCCUGUUUCAUCCCCGUUUGCCCGAGGAGAAGGUGAUGGCCAUUGAGAAACUAGGAAUCAAUACGACCGACAAGAUUUUCCUGGAGUUCGAAGAACCUUUCUGGAGCUCUGAAUGCAACAGCAUCCAAUUUGUCUGGGAAGACGAGGCAGAGAGCGAGAGCUUGACUUACCCUGAGGAGCUGUGGUACAAGAAGAUCUGCAGCUUCGACGUACUCUACCCACCAGAGAGGUACGGCCAUGUCCUGAGUGGCUGGAUCUGUGGAGAAGAGGCUUUGAUUAUGGAGAAGUGCGAUGACGAAACUGUGGCAGAAACCUGCACCGAAAUGCUACGUAAAUUUACAGGGAAUCCAAACAUUCCGAAACCUCGCCGGAUCCUGCGGUCCUCCUGGGGCAGCAAUCCCAACUUCCGUGGAUCCUACUCUUACACCCAAGUUGGGUCUAGUGGGGCUGACGUAGAGAAACUCGCUAAACCACUGCCUUAUGCUGAAAGCUCCAAAACCGCUCCAAUGCAGGUGAUGUUUUCGGGGGAGGCCACUCACAGGAAAUAUUAUUCCACUACCCACGGUGCUGUGCUUUCUGGGCAGAGAGAGGCCGCUCACCUCAUUGAGAUGUACCAGGACCUCCUGCAGAGCCGGAGCUGAAAGGCCCCAUGUUUGUCAACACCACCAACUCCCAAAUCCGUGUACAGGUGUGUGGAGGGGUUCUUUUUUCAUUUCAGUUGACAGUAGAACAGCCUUUAUCUUUUUCUAUUAAAAAAAAAAAAAAAAAAAAAGCCCUAACUGUUUAAAAAGUUAGUCACCAAUUGCUUCAUUUCCGUGUGCUGUAUUGUUAACAGGGAAGGGUGCUCCUUUUGUCUGGUAAACUGUUUCUUUGUCAUUUUAAUUCUGACUUCACUUUUGGUGCCUAUCAUUUAUUUUU